GAUAUAUUCGAAAUUCGAAUUGGGCUAAUUCGAACAUGUUGUCUCGCUUGCACUAGGAUGCGUUUUAGUGGAUUUUUUGCCACUUGAAUUUUAUUUUGAUGCAGGUCGGACGUGCAUGGUCAGUGUAGUGUUUCUCCAAGUUGAAAAAACAGAAAAAAUGACGGAGUCUGAAAAGGAAGAACUGUUAAGUUUCUUGACUGAUCAGGACCUACCAAUGUCCUGUUACGACUGUCUUAUUGAUUGUGGUUUUACUUUCCAAAGGCUCAAAUAUAUAAACGAUAGCGACUUGCUGCAUAUAUUCCCAAAAAGAGAGCAGUGCGGGAUUCGGGCCGAGUUCAGGUCAAAAUUAAAAAAAUGGAAAGAAGAUAUUGUAAGUAUUAGGAGUGCACUGUUUAAUUAUAUUAUAUUACAUUACAAAAAAUAUCGAAAAUGUUUGCGAAUUGCAUAA